AUGGGAGGCUUUGUGCAGAGCUACGUGUUUCCUCCUGGCCUGAGCAAUCACGACCGCGCAGUUGUCCAUGCAGAAUGCCGCAAGUACGGCUUCACGUCAAAGAGCCAAGGGAAGAAUGACAAUCGGCAAGUCACUGUCUACAAGCCAGCAGCCUCGGGACGCCUGGUGAAGGAGGCAUUUGACCUGCCAAUCGCCCCUGCCUCAUUGGAUGUCCUCCAAGCUUACUAUGAGAGGCAUCCACCAUCGGAUGCAGAGCUUGCCGCCGCCAUGCAAGGGGGUGCGGUGGCGUCCCUGGGUGCAGCGGAGCACCAGGUGCAUCAGCAAGUCAGCGGCAGGAAGCGCAGGAGCACGGUCGGCGCUGCACACUUCCCUGAAGAGGAGGUGCGCAGGCACCAUGCAGCGUGGGCCAGGGCUCAGCAGACUCCUGCCGUGGCCGCCAUCACAGCCACUCGCAAUGCGCUCCCAAUUGCACCAUACAGGAAUCAGAUUCUGCAGGCGAUUGCCAACAAUCAGGUGGUGCUGGUUGCCGGAGAGACCGGCUGUGGCAAGACGACGCAGGUGCCCCAGUUUCUCCUUGAGGACGCCUGGGCUGCCGGGCGCGGCUGCCGCAUAAUGUGCACGCAGCCGCGGCGCAUCAGCGCAAUCUCCAUCGCGGAGCGGGUGGCGGCUGAGCGCGGCGAGAAGUGCGGUACCAGUGUCGGCUACACCAUCCGCCUGGAGUCCAAGGGAGGCCCGGGAUCCUCGCUGAUGUUCUGCACGAAUGGGGUACUGCUGCGCAUGCUGACUCAGGGGGAGGGCCUGGAUGACAUAACCCAUAUAAUUGUGGACGAGAUCCACGAGAGGGACCGCUUUGCAGACUUCCUGCUCAUCCUGCUGCGAGACCUGCUGCUUGCGCACCCCAACCUGCGUGUCGUGCUGAUGUCUGCUACUCUGCACAUAGAGCUGUUCUCCAAUUACUUUGGCGGCUGCCCGGUCAUUGAGGUGCCUGGAUUCACAUACCCUGUGACAGACAUGUAUCUCGAGGAUGUGCUGAGGCUGAUCGGCUACCAAGAUGCGCUGCUGGCCCAGCAAGAUGGUAAUUCAUCCAGAAGAGGUCAUGGUGGCAUUCUGCCUCCAGCCCCAAACAGGGCAGAGCCCUCAGACAUUCCAAAGGAGCAGAGAGAGGCUAUAGAGAGCGCAAUCAUGCAGGCCUUCUUGCAUGGCGACGACGAGCACUUUGAUCACUUGCUGGAGAUGACAGGAGCCAACAGCAUGGACGAAGCAUGCUCCACUGCGUGCUUGAACGUAACCCACAUGAGCACAGGAGCCACGGCGCUGAUGGCAGCAGCCGGCAAGGGGAGGUUGGAGGAUGUGGCUGCACUGCUGACGGCCGGGGCAGACCCCCUGCUGCGCUCUCGAGACGGCAGCAGCGCGCAGGACUGGGCCACCAAGUUCGGCCACUCAGAAGUGGCAGACUUCCUGAGCAGCCACAUGGAGGUGGCGCAGACGUCCAGUCAUGCGGAGGUGAGCGCGCUGGCAGUGUCUCGGUACCAGGCGUCCACGGAUGCUGACGAGGUGGACCUGUCCUUGAUAGAGGCGCUGCUGAUGUACAUCUGUGGCGAGGGCCCCUACAGCCGAGCUGAAGAGCAGGGCGCCAGCCUGGGCGCUGUUCUCAUCUUCCUUCCUGGGUGGGACGAGAUAAUCCGGCUGAAGGAGCAGCUGGAGGGCCGCCAGAGCGCUCUCAGCGGCAGCAAGUACAUGGUCCUGCCCCUGCACAGCAUGGUGCCCGCCGCAGAGCAGCGCAAGGUCUUCAAGCGGGCCCCGGUUGGCGUGCGCAAGAUCGUCCUUGCAACCAACAUCGCCGAAACGGCGGUGACGAUAGAUGACAUAGUGUGCGUGAUCAACAGCGGGCGCCACAAGGAGAAGAGUUACGACCCCUACACCAAUGUGUCCACGCUGCAGGCCACCUGGAUCUCCAAAGCCUCUGAGCGCCAACGCCGCGGCCGUGCCGGCCGCUGCCAGCAGGGCGUGUGUUUCCACCUGUACUCGCGCGUGCGCAGCGAGGGCCUCGCAGACUUCCAGCUUCCCGAGCUCCAGCGCAGCCCCCUGGACGAGCUCAGCCUGCAGGUGAAGCUGCUGGAGGGUGCGGGCUUUGGCCACACGAGUGUGGCGGAGUUUCUGGACAAGGCGGUGGAGCCACCGCCGGCGGUGUCGGUGGCGAAUGCGGUGCGGCUGCUGCAGGACAUCGGCGCGUUUGAGGCGCCCGGGGAGCGGCUGACGCUGCUGGGGCGCCACCUGGCAGCGCUGCCGCUGCCGCCACGCAUCGGCAAGAUGCUGCUCUACGGCGUCCUCUUCGGCUGCCUCGACCCCAUCCUCACCGUCUCCUGCUGCAUGGCCUACCGGGAUCCUUGGGUGCUGCCGAUAGAGGCGACGGCGCGGCGAGCGGCAUCCGCCGCAAAGCAGACGCUGUCGGACGGGGCCGGCGGCUGCAGCGACCACCUGGCGCUCGUGCGCGCGUACAACACGUGGUCGGCCGAGAAGGGGCGCGGGCGCGAGUACGCGUACGCAGCCGCCACUCACAUCAGCGGGGGCACCAUGUGCAUGAUCGAGGGCAUGCGUGGCCAGCUUCUCGGCGAGCUCACGGCUCGCGGGUUUGUGUCAUCCCUGGACGCUGCCUCUGUCAACGCGCGCGAUGUGGGCCUUGUGCGCAGCGUCAUGGCAGCCGGCUUCUACCCCCUGGUGGGGCGGCUGCUCAGCAAGAAGCUUGAGAGGGGGCAGGCACCCCGCAAGAGCGCCCAUAUCCUCACAGCCAAGGAAGAGAAGGUCAAGAUUCACCCGUCCUCAGUGAAUUUCCAGCUCGAUGCUCCUGUUGUCCGCAAGGGCGAGCCGCGCCCCUGCCCCAUCAUCAUCUUCGAGGAAGUGACUCGCAAUGAGUCAGUCCUGGCAGUGCGCCAGUGCACGGCAGUGAACCCGCACGUGCUACCGCUGGUGGCUGCAAGUCUGCGCGUGGCCGGUGAAGUGGAGGACAGUGACAUGGGUGGCUGGAAUAGCGAUUCUGACGGCGAUGGCGCGAAUGGGCUGCCUUCCGGCCCUGCAUGGGUGGAUGAUGAGGAUAUGGAGGAGGGCAUGGGGCCGGCGACCCAGCUGGAGAUAGACGGCUGGCUGUCUUUGAGAGUGCCCACUGCUGCGGCGGCGCCCCUCUUGUGCCUACGACAGCGCCUCAACACAUGCUUUGCCGCCAAGGUGUCAAACCCACGAGGUGUCCUGGACGAGGCGCAUGCGGGGGCGCUGCAGACGGCAGCGUCACUGUUUUCACUGGAGGCCGGCGGCCCCGAGAGCGGAUUCUCCCUGGAAGCUGCCGUGCCCAUGCCUUUCAGUCACAGCGGCGGCCGCUUUUCAGCCCCUUACAACGCAAACCCCUACAGAGGCGGCGGCAGGGGCGCUGGAAGGGUUGCAGGCCGACACCAUGGCGGCGGCGGCGGCCACAUCCCCCAGCACAGUAUGCCCUCCAGGGGGCAUGUGCCGGCAGCGCGCGGCCGGGGCCGGUCACAUGAGCACAUGCUGCGCGCGAUGCCGGUGGCGGCCGCAGCCGGCGAUGCGUACUUCGAUGCUCCCCAGCUCAGCCACAGCCCGGGGGGCAGGGGACAGGUGAUGCUCUGA